AUGGCUUCUUCAGAAUCUUCUGGCGCAGAGCGGCCGUUCGUGUACGCGGUACCUGAGGAGGACAUUGAGCUUCUGCAGAAGAAGCUGGCUCUUACGCGCUUUCCCGACGAGCUCGAGGACGCGGGCUGGGAAUACGGUGUACCUUUGUCGGACAUUCGCGCUCUCGUUGAGCGUUGGCGUAAUGGCUUCGACUGGCGGGCUGUUGAGCGGUCUCUCAACACAUUGCCCAUGUUCAUACGACCCAUCACUGUCGAUGGCUGGGGCACUUUCGACGUUCACUACGUUCAUCAGCGAAGUGACCGCGCAGGAGCGAUCCCGCUUCUGUUCAUACACGGCUGGCCGGGAAGUUUCAUCGAAGUACAGAAGAUCCUGCCGUUGCUGGUAAACCCCGAGGAUCCCAAAGCUCCCGCAUUCCACGUCGUUGCUAUCAGCGUUCUUGGAUUCGGACCGUCCGAGGGUCACCAUAAAGCUGGUCCGUUCUCGCUUGUCGAGUACGCAGAGGCAUCUAAUAAACUCAUGCUUGCGCUCGGUUACACGGAGUUCGUCACCCAAGGCGGCGAUCUCGGCUAUGGCAUCUCUCGCACCAUGGCUUCCAAGUAUGGCCCCAAGCACGUCAAAGCAUGGCACACGAACUUUCCCUCUGUCGUAUAUCCCCCCACAUUCUUUCAACACCCGAUCUUGUACCUGCAGAACCUGUUUCCCUCGCUCUUCUACUCAGAGUCCGAGAGGAAGGGUUUCGAGCGUCGCGAUUGGUUCUUUCGCACCAACCCAGGCUACUUCACGAUGCAUCAGACGAAGCCGCAGACGCUCGGCUACUCGCUCUCCGACUCACCCGUUGGAUUACUGGCCUGGGUGUAUGAGAAGAUGGUAACGUGGAGCGAUGGUUACGACUGGAGCGAUGACGAGGUUCUGACCUGGGUGUCGAUAUACUGGUUCUCCCGUCAAGGACCGACGGCCAGCACGCGGAUAUACGUCUACGAGCGCAGCGUAUUCCAGGUUCCGCCACCCACAGUACCCAUGGGCAUCUCGUACUUUCCGAAGGAGAUCUUUCCCACGCCCAGGAGCUGGGCCAGGACAUUGGGCAACGUCGUUGCAGAGAGCGAGCAUCCCGACGGCGGUCACUUCGCCGCACAUGAGCGCCCGGAGGCUCUCGUGGACGAUGUGAGGAAGAUGUUCGGCAGAGGUGGUCCUGCCUUCGCUGUCGUUCCGGGUCGGGAUGGGUACUAA